AUGUUUUCAAGGUUCGAUUUGUUUACAGGUUCGAUUGAUAAAGAAAUCCAUCAAAGAAAUUGUUUCCAGGAACAAAUCACCAAAUUAGCGAUUUAUCAAGUGACAAGGAUUGGAGAACAUCAUAAAACAGAUCGAAGUUGGAUGUAUGAUAGAGUAAACUCCGAUAGGUAUGGUUUGAAAGAUGAAUUUGUUAAUGGAGUUGAAGAUUUUACACCUAAUGAGGUCAAACAUCACUUGUACAAAUUUGGUUUUUUACCCAACUAUUAUAAAUGGAUUGAUCAUGGAGAAGAGAUUCAAAAUGUGGACCUUGAUGGUCAUUCUAGUAACGGCGGGAAUGCUGGUGGAGAUAAUACAGGUGAUGAAGAACAAUUUGAUACAAUGAAUGAAAUGGUCUCUGAUGUCUUCAGGCCAUUUGUUAAUGUCCCUAAUGUGAAUAUUGAUAUGGAAAACGAAAAUGUUAGUGAAAGUGAGGUUUCUUUGACUCAAUGGAACAUCUCCCUAUUCACCUACCUAAUCAAGCAAUCCUUGGUGGUCCUGUACAAUAUCGUUGGAUGUAUCCAUUUGAAAGAUUGA